CUAAACGUCAAAUUAAUUAUAUCAAUAAUGUCAAAACCCAUUUCAUUACUCAUAUUUUGUCUCUCAUUUACAUUAAAGACGAAGCAAUACGAUUAAAAUCAUACAGCAUAUAAAUUGCAUUGUGUUUGAUAUUCUUUUCUUUUGCCUGUGUAUUAAGUGAUUUGUGACGUCACAGCAUCAACGUUUAGUGUUUUAAUUAUGUGAAUACCCUUUCACUGCUCGUGUCUUGUGUUGAAAUAUAGACAAUGAGUCGCUUUACAUCAAACGGAAUUUUGUACACUUUACCAGCAAACACCUCGAAUGGAACCGAUGACGAGGGUUGCAUGCUAUGGAAUCAAACACAGAACGUUAUAAUUACUGGUGCAUACAACGGAAUUCCACAGACCUUGAUACUUAACGUAAUAUCAUGGAUAUGUUUAAUUUUAUUGUUCACCGUGUUACGUCGCACGGCUUGGAAUUACGGGCGGAUGGCCUUAGUGCAACGAUCGAAGAAUCGAUGGACGAGUUUGUUCUACCGCGGGGGCGACGACGACGCGCUAGUGGACCGGCGAAGGAACGAUGAGUCCCUCAGUAUCGACGAGGGCUUCUUCACAUGGCUUCCCGCCGUGUUCCGCCUUACCCGCGAACAAGUGCUCGCCAAGUGCGGCCCCGACGCGGUGCAUUACCUCUCCUUUCAGAGACAUUCGAUAACAUUGAUGUUUAUUGUCACUUUAGUGUCAAUUGGUAUCAUUUUACCAGUAAACUUUCAAGGAACGAAUUUGCAAGUGGAUGCAAGCACCUUCAGUAGGACCACUCUGUCCAAUCUAAAUGGUAGAUCUUAUUGGCUAUGGGUUCAUACUCUAGUAAGUAUCUCGUUUUUGCCUAUAUCAGUGUUGAUUAUGCGGAGGUGUACCGGGAGAAAGCCUGCUCCUACCUGCAUGACGGGAACAAUAAUGAUAACAAAUAUAUCAAGGGCUGACAGGAAUGAAGCAACCAUUAGAGCUUAUUUUUCACAUAAUUUUCCACACAUACAGAUUGUGGAUCUGAAGUUAGCGUUUAACGUUAAUAAGCUUAUUGAUGUUCAAGAGAGGAAGGAAAUGGUGACGGAAGCUUUACUCUACACAGACACAUAUUUUAAGAAGACUGGGAAGCGUAUAAUGGUGCGACCGAAACUCUUUGGACCUGAAGUGGAUGCUCUUGAGUUUUAUACAAAUGAAGAAAAGCGGUUGAAAGAUGAAGCAAAGAGAUGCCGAGCUAUUGUUCUCAAUGAUCCACUAGGUAUUGCCUUUUUAACUUUACCCUCAUAUCAACUAGCAGAACAUGUUAUUAACCAUUUCAGCCUACACCGCGGCUGGGUCCUACAACAUGCUACUAAUCCAUCUGAUAUUAUUUGGGAAAAUCUCAGCAUUCAACCAGGGGUUUGGUAUGUCAAAGCCAUCAUAGUUAACUUUUGCCUCUUUAUUGUUCUCUUCUUUUUAACCACUCCUGCCAUUAUAGUGAAUUUGGUGAACAAUAUAAUUGUAAAACCAGAGACUGUUAACAGGAUAACCAGCAUUAUGUUUGAUUUUCUCCCUACUUUACUGCUCUGGACGAUGGCGGCGGUGAUGCCAGCCAUUGUUUCGUUUUCUGACAAAUUUUUGUCUCAUUGGACUAAGUCGCAACAGAACUAUUCGAUUAUGACGAAAACAGCAACUUUUCUCCUUCUAAUGACCUUGAUAUUGCCAUCUUUGGGACUGGCUAGCGCUGACGCGUUCGUCGGAUGGACGUUGCAUCACGAGAAUGACACAAUGCGAUGGGACUGCGUGUUUUUGCCCGAUAAGGGCGCCUUCUUUGUGAAUUACGUCAUUACCUCUGGGUUCAUCGGUACGUCCCUUGAACUGAUACGCUUCCCCGAGCUUUUCCUAUACGUCUGGUAUCUUUUGCAAUCGAAAUCGAAAGCGGAAAAAAGUUACGUAAAGAAGGCCAUUCUUUACGAAUUUCCCUUCGGCGUGCAUUACGCUUGGAGUUUGGCAAUCUUUUCCAUUACCAUGGUGUACAGUCUUGCGUGUCCGUUGAUCGCUCCGUUCGGGCUCAUUUACUUUAUCCUAAAGCAUAUCGGAGAUAAGCACAAUUUGUACUUCGCGUACGGGCCGAGCGACAUGAGCGGGGUCGGGGGAGGCCGUAUACACUCCACGGCCGUAAGGCUCAUCCGAGUAUCCGUAUUACUUUUGCUUAUCAACAUGGCUGCGUGGGCCGGUUUACGCGCGGGCUUCGAAGCGAGAACGAUCAUUUUAAUUAUGGCCUCUAUCGUUGCGUUUGGUACAUUUUUGUUGCUCAGCCCGUUCCCCAGCUGCACCCCGCCCGCUCCUCUGCAGGAGGAGUCAAGUGUGAGACCCCAGGAGUACACGGCGCCGGUACUGUUGCGGCCGGUAGACUCAACUCCCGUCUCCACGCCCUCGACGCCAGAUUACGGCGCCUCAUCUCCCGUAGUCAAUCUUGCCUAUAACCCAGAGCCGAUAAAUAUAUAAAUGUAUAUAAAGUAUUCAUUAUAAAUAAUUAAUUCGGAUACCAUAUCGCGCGAUAGAUUAAAUACCAAUGAUAAGGAUCACGUAUUUUGAUAUCGACAAUAUAUGGAGAAUUAGUGGUGUAAAUAAAUAAUGCAAUAUUUUUUAUAUUUAUUGAUUUAAGCUUAUAAUUUGUUUUUAACUUUUUUUUUAUUAAAUGAAUUAUCGAGCAAAUAAAGAUCUUAAUUUUUUUAGUAUCAAGGAACAAUGCAUAAUAUUAUAAGUACUGAUAACGGUCAAUUAUAUAUUUUUGUACCUUAUUUUUUCGUAAAAUAGUAGGUAAUGUUAAAAUUAUUUAAUUACAUAUUUUUGUGUCCCUAAUAUGCAUAGCAAUUUGCGCUGAAAAUAUAUACCUAUGGAGCAGCUAGCUAUUUAACUAAAAUUGAUAAGUACAUUCCCUAACAAACAGAACCAAUGAUUUUUGGUUAGUAUAAUAAUUUGUAUAUAGAAUUUAUUCGUGUUACUUACAAAAUAUAACUUUAAUCACAAAUACAUAAUAUGUACAUAAUAAGAGCUAUGAUUGCAAUUUUUGAAAUAACAUGCAACAAAUAUAACACACUGCACGGAUAUAAAAGAAAAGUUUUUCAUUUGUAAUACUUGGAUUCAAAUAAUUUUAAAUGUGUCCGACGUCACGUAAUUAUAACUUAUUGCACGGAAUUCUGAAAUCUUAUUUUCCAUUUUACAACUUUAUUAUAUUCUAGUCUUCGCAUGAAAUAUUUUUCACGUGGCGUUUAUUUGAAGACUAUUAACGUUUACAUGUACGAGAUUAUAAUCUGAUAAAUAAAAUUUUUGUCACGUUAUUUCUAAUCGAGUUGAGUGUGUCAUAUGUUUGAUACGAACCGCCUGCGUAAAAGUAUUAAUUUAAAUUUGAUGUUAAUUAAAAAUUAAUGUUGAUAUCGAAAAUGUCUUUGAUUUGUAUGUUGAUUUAAAUUUUAAAUGGAUGAAGUUUAAAGUGCUAUUCAAUAAACUGUGCAUAAUAUAUAUUAUAAUAGAAAACAUGUAAAUUGUAAUGAAUAGACUACAUCUUUGGAUAUAAAAUGAUACAAUUAACACAAUCCUUUUUGUGUUCGCACCAAUUUCAUAUCAAUAAUCAAUAUUAUGUCGUUGUAACUAUAAUAUACAGAUAUUAAAGCUAUUUUAAUUGUGAUCUACGGCUGUUUAAUUCACAGGCUUUAACAUUUGAUUUGAUUGUUUUGUUUUGUACAGAAUAUGUUAUAUUUAUAUUGUUUGUAUCGCAUUCGUUAUCGUAACAUUGUAUGUGCGGUAAAUAAAUGACGUUUAAUUAA